AUGGUCGCCCACAGUCGGCUCACCUACGACCAGCUGUUCUCCCAGCUCGAGACCGAAUAUCAUCAUAAAUUUGUCCCAGCCUCAGCACUCUUCUGGACCCAACACGGGCAGCACGCCAUGCGCCUGGAAGUUCCGAGCCUCAUGCGCGAGUUUAAGGACCAGAUGACCGUCGGACGCGAUCCCGAGGGGUACCUCUUCUACAAGAACGUGGACGACCUUGACCUCGAACGAUCAAGUCGAUACAUAAUGUUUCCGAACGUCUACAAGACGAAGACCGACCACGCAGUAGUUGUCCAAUUCUUCCACAAUGACCCUAGCAAGUGUUAUGCGCAGUUCAUUGCAAAAGACGAAAACAUAACCGUUGACUUCUGCAUCGACAACGGAAAGACCGGCACUUGGACUAAGCUUGUGCAAGGUUCGGCACACGCUAAGCUGAAGAAAUACAGCGACGAGGACACAGUAACCCUUACCGUACCAGCAAUCGGUAAACAGGCGACCUUCGAGCUGAAAGGCGACCAAAGUAUUCCCGAGACAUGGGGCGAAAUCAGCUUCAAGCACCUCUCCGAACUCUCAACUCCGUCCGGAAGUCGCUCGUUCGUGGACUUCUCCCCAGAUCGCCUACUUUUCUUCCCGAAGCAGCAGAAUGCAGACUUCACUGCGGUCUUUAUUCCUUCCGAGGCCCUUGCACGCCCUGACGCUCUGGGCACCACUAGCGUUGAGACGCAGACAGUUGUAUGGAGCGAUAUAUGA